GGUCAUGAGUACUGUGAAUUUGGGCCCAUUAUGGAAUAGGCCAAUAUAAUUUUCGAAAUUCUCAAUUGCUGGGGUUCAGGCUAAAUGAAAGGAAAAUCUCAGUUGACCUUGUCAAUGCUGUGUUAGAUAAAAUCAUUCAGGCUACUUGGCUGGCAAGUUAUUAUCUUCUGAGAACAUAUUGCUAAGGACCUCUGAUAAUUCAGGAAUUGACCCCAAAAGUUAGGGUCAUCAGUUGGGGCGAUGCUAGGUGGCAGAUUGAAAGCUAAACCAUAACUAUGAUAGCCUCGAUGAGUACCUAAAGGUUAUAGAUGCUUAUGCUGAUCUUAUUCUUCAGAAUCACUUGGGACUGAACUUGCUCCUUGAGAUGAAGCUUGUUGUCGCAUGUUCAAACAGAUGAGUAGCUAAAUGCUUUGAUCUUUGAUGUAUUAAAUUGUGGUUCGAUAACAGUUUAUUCUGAUCCUUGAUAUACUUUCCAGUCUCUAAUAACUGAGAAGAACGUUAAUGCUUUCAUCUAAAAUAAAUUCCUUAAUAUCAGGGUGAUCUUCUGAAUACCAUUUUGGAAGGCAUUUCGCAGCGUGCUCGGAAUAAAGGAGUGACAGAAGCUGAAAUGCCAAGCUUACAAUCUCUCUUGGGGAAGAUUCUGUCUCAUUUUAAGUGUCUUGAGGAUGUAUUGUGUCUGAAUCACUUUCCAGAGAUCUUAGAUUUAAUGUUUGGGAGUUCACAAGAUGUUGUCUUUCUGCACAUCCUUAAUCUGGCAACAAGCAAAGAAUGCGAAAGAUGGUGAUAGCCAAGUGGCACAGUCGAUAUCCCGCUUUGUGCACAUGGUAGAUUAUGGGGCAGAGAUGGAACACCAGUUAGCUUUUCUAGUUGAUUGCCGAGGAGCUUUUGGUAGAUUUAAUGAACUAAAGGAAACCCUUGUUCAUUCCAGCAAUUCUUUAGCAAUUCAAGCUUUGAAAUGUGCUAAGAAACACUUGAGUUUGGUCAAAGCCUGCAUUACAUUUAGUGAAAUCACAAUACCUUCUAUUUCUGCUCAGAGAAAGCAAUUUGAUCUUUUCCUAGAGACUGCCGAGGUUGCAUUCUUAGUUGGCUUGGUUUCUCAUUCUGAUGGAUUGAUUGAUUCCGCAGUUGGCUGUUUGCAGACCUUAAAUAUCACGGAUGGCUUGCAAACCCCAGCUGAAGUUGAAGGACUAGUCUCAUCAAUUAGAAAGCUCUGUGGCUUCUUAGUUAUGGUUCCAGGUGAUCUUAGCAAAGCAGGCACCCACUUCCCAACCAAAUGCAAAAGUGAAUCCAUUUUUAUAUUGUUUCCAGAUUCCAGGCAAUGACCUGUUAUUCUAUGGGGAUUCUUCUUAUAAGCAAGAACUUGUUUCUUUGACUAAGCUUGUUCUUGAGAACCUGCUUAGUGCCAUUCAACAAGAACCUUCACGGGCCGCACGUGGAGCAAUGGCACUUGAAGCUUGCAAUUGCAUUGUAUCAUCUUUCAUGGUAAAUGAUGAAUUAUCGUGCGUUUGCCUUAACCUGAUCGAAACUGCCAAGUCAGGUUUGAGUGAUCAAGAUAAAUACCUCCGAUCGACCAUUGAACUUGUAAAGAAGAAAUCCCAAACUCCUUCAACGGCCACGGUUUCUGUUUCUGUAUGACUUGUCUUCAUCCUCACCUAGGUUGAUAUGUCACACUUGAUAUGUAUAGUAGGCAGCUUAAGGUUUAAGAAACAAAAGAAACACCCAAAGAUGGAACACAAGGAUGUCGCAAGUCGCAACCACUAUAACCAGUCGAAUGUAUGAGAGAUACUCUCAGACAGGAUGAACAAGAAGAGAAGGAGCUUUCAAGGAGGAAGAGUACAACAAAUUCCCCUUUCAAUAACAAGCAUUCUCUUUCACCAGUUGGUUUGGGAAACUGAUGUUGCUCCUACAUUUUGUGAUGUCCUUGCUUUCUGCACCAUUUUUUCGGCAAUGGAUCUAUCAACUUAUUCAACUUCAGUGGUGAUCAGCAGUCAUCAGAUUAUUUGGUCAUUCAUUCCUUACAUUAUAGUUUGAUUUCUUUCGCAUAUUGUAACCCUCAUUCUUUUUCUUUUUCCCUCCAAAUUAUGGGCGACGGAAUUAUUUGUUGUUAGUUAUCAUUCACCUGGCUGGCUUAGUCCAUAAAAAAAAGGGCGUGCAUAAAGAAAAUAUAUCAUUCUCCCAAUUAUUUUUAUUUGUU